AUGGUGGUCGAACCAAGCUCCUCUGGCACGGCCGACGUGCCGGCUAAGGCCAGUCUGCCGCGGAAGAGCGCCUUCUCGUGUGAGGCGUGCCGCAAGCGAAAGGUGAAAUGUAACGGUGCUAGUCCCUCAUGUUCUCGAUGUGCGGCGCGCGGAGAGACCUGCGUUUAUAGCUUAGCACCAACUUUAUCGUAUACCAAACAGUUAGAGGCUCGAGUCGCCCAGUUAGAAGAUGCGCUGUCAAAGCUACGGAGCCAACAGCAGUCGGCCGCAGAGGUGCGGAAGGCGAGCACCCCAUCAUCUACCGGUGAAGGUAGGGGCAGCAUGAGCCCAAGUCUUCGGACUCGCAUCAAAGAAGAAGACGAAAGUAGUAGCGCCGAUCUCGCGAGGGAUUUCGAAGGCCUGAAGGUCGAGCACGAUGGUCGAAUAUCUUUUCACGGCCCGACUAGUUUGUUUCAACUUCCCAGUGGUGCUCUUAACGAGGCAGCGUCGACGUCUCGUCUUGCCGUACAGCACGAAGCUCGAAAGGAAAGGUUGAUCAACAAUGCGUGGCGGGAAAGGGCCUUCGAACAGAUGGCCACCAUGCCAGAACCGUUCCAAUAUCUCCUCGACUCACAUUGGUGCUGGAUCCAGCCGCUCUUCAACUUCGUCUAUCGACCAGCAUUUACCCGCGAUAUGAAGAUAAACGGUCCAUACUAUUCAGACGCUCUUCUCAAUGCGAUCCUCUCCCAUUCGGUCCGGUGGUGCAAGUCCGAACCAAGAAUCGGCCCUAUCCUCGAUUCGUUUGAUGGCGGUGCACAGUUCUCCCAUCGCGCCGUCUCUGGUCUAUAUGAUUCGCUCAAAGUUGGUAAUCUCGGUAUUCCAACCAUUCAGACAUUGCUCCUGCUUAGUGCGCAAGAGUGCGGCAGAGGAAAUCGGUCCCAGGCUUGGUUGUACAGCGGCAUGGCUUUUCGAAUGCUGGAAGAUCUAGGAAUAUCCAUCGACAGCCGCAAGUAUUCGGACUCCGCUCACUUGAGCGAUGAAGAUAUCGAGAUCCGGAACCGUCUCUUCUGGAGUUGUUACUUUUGGGAUAAAAUGGUCUCCCUAUACUUUGGCCGGUCACCUACGAUGCAGCACUCGCGAGUUAGUCCGCCACGGACGGUAUUGGACGACACUUCAGAGAUUGAAAUCUGGACGCCGCAUGGCGUUGUCUUCCCGGACGGCGCUCAUUAUCCCCCGACUCAGGCUCACUCCACGUCCUGUUUCAUGAAAAUGUGCGGAUUGGCGGAGGUGCUCAAUCAGAUCUUGAUUCACAUCUAUGACCCUAUAAGGCAGGUGUCAGAGGCCGAGUUCUACAAUUGUGUGAUCGAGCAAGCUCGAAAUCUAGCGGAAUGGUGGGAUGAUUUGCCCGAUUACCUGAAACUGGUGCCUACAAGCCUUCCUCCGUACUCUCCGCCGAGCCACAUUGUCAUCCUAAAUUCGCUAUAUCACACUAUCAACAUCCUUCUCCAUCGUCCGAUCCUCUGCUCCAAGACAAACAGAGAGUCAUACGAUAAGAGCCAUCUGGUCCAGUGCAUGACAUCUGCAACAGCAAUUUUGUCUCUAUUUGAUCUAUACCGUCGCACAUUCGGCGAUGCCCAUGUUGUCCUCUCACUUUCCUACAGCGUGUACACCGCUGCGUCGAUAUUCCUGCUCGAAAUACAAGCUUUGAAAUAUGCUGCUCCCGGGACGCUAGACAAACUCAAGUUUUGCAUUUUCGCUCUAGAGAGAGUGAAGGUCUCAAACCCUGUGAUCUCGACCGCACUCAGUCUCAUCUACCAAGAGCUUCAGAAAUUGCAGAUCGACAUCCACAUCGUGCUGCCGGCUCCGCAACCGGAACAACCUCAACCUCGCUCACAACCUCCAUCUCGUCAUAGUCACUCCCCGUCCCAACCACAAGGUCUACCGCUGCAACAACAGCAGCAGCAGCAGCAGCAAUUCCAUGCCCCUUCGACUUUCAGUGAUACCUCCCGUCACGUUUCCCCGUCGAAUCAACCAUCCCCCGAUGCCUCAUCCAUGGCUGCCUCCGUCGCCCCAUCAGGCGUGAACACCUCGUUCCUCCCGGGAUAUUCCUUCCAACAGCCCGUCGCGGAUUUCGAGCUUUCACAGACAAGCGUCCCUCAAAUGGCCGGGACUCAUCUUCUGGGUGGAAUGCCCAACGCAAUAAUGACGCUAGAUAACCCUGGCUCGUACGAGAUCACGCCGGAAGUCUUUGAAGCAUUCUCGUAUGCAGAGCCUAUCACGACUAAUAUGACACCUGCGUUUGAGCCUCGGUUAGAGUAGUUUAUGUGUUAGCGUGGAAAAGGCAAGGCUUGAGCAUUCUACAUUUAGAGGAGCUAUAGGCGAAUGGAGCAUGCCUGGGUUGUUUAUACCUCUUGAAAGAUUAUGUUGAUAAUUUCGCGUUCUUGGGAAAG